UAGGAGACCUACAACACUGCUGUGAUGGAGUCACGGAGGACUCGUGAAUCAAUACUGGUAGCAUUUUACCUUUGGGCGACUUUGAGCUUUCAAGGCUGCCAUGGUGGAGUGUAUCAGAGGAAGUUGUACCGGGACUUGAUGGUAAAUUAUAAUCGGCUGGAACGACCUGUCCAAAACGACUCUGCACCCAUCCUGGUGGAACUGGGUCUCACUUUGCUGCAGAUCAUCGAUGUGGAUGAGAAGAACCAAGUUCUGAUCACUAAUGCUUGGCUGCAGCUGCAGUGGACAGAUGUGUACCUUACAUGGAAUGCAGAGAGUUACCCUGGUGUUCAAAACCUGCGAUUCCCUUCCAAUUUGAUAUGGGUGCCAGAUAUUCUCCUCUACAACAGUGCUGAUGAGAGGUUUGAUGCAACUUUCCAUACAAAUGUACUGGUCAAUGCUACAGGUUCCUGCCAGUAUAUCCCACCAGGCAUCUUAAAGAGUACCUGCUACAUCGAUGUGCGCUGGUUCCCAUUUGACGUCCAGAAGUGUGACCUAAAAUUUGGCUCCUGGACGCACAACGGCUGGCUGCUGGACCUCCAGAUGAUGGACGUGGACAUCUCCAGCUACAUACCUAAUGGCGAGUGGGAUCUCGUCGGUGUGCCAGCUAAGCGGAAUGAGCUCUACUACGACUGUUGCAAAGAGCCAUAUCCUGAUGUGACAUUCACUGUCACCAUGCGCCGUAGGACACUUUACUACGGCCUCAACCUGCUUAUCCCCUGUGUGCUCAUCUCUGGUUUGGCCCUGCUGGUCUUCCUGCUCCCUGCAGACUCCGGGGAGAAGAUCUCACUGGGCAUCACUGUGCUGCUGUCUCUAACUGUGUUCAUGUUGCUGGUGGCAGAGAUAAUGCCUGCUACAUCAGACUCUGUUCCUCUGAUUGCUCAGUACUUUGCCAGCACAAUGAUGAUAGUGGGCUUAUCUGUCGUGGUGACAGUUCUGGUUCUCCAGUUCCACCACCACGACCCCCAAGGAGGGAAGAUGCCCAAAUGGGUUCGAGUGAUCCUUCUCAACUGGUGCGCUUGGUUCCUGCGCAUGAAGAAGCCUGGAGAGGAAAGAAAACCAAGCAGUCAGUCUGGCGUUUGCGUAUCCUACAAGUAUCGCCAUGCCCCUCCCCACCACACCAGCACCAACAGCAUUCAGAUGAGCACCAUACCAGGCCAGGCCUCCACCCAGUCAACUAACACUAAUGGAAACAGUAACCUGUACCUGGGAUAUCAUUCCAUGGGAACAGACAACCCUUCUUUCCCAAUCAGCACUGAUCCGAGUGCGCUGAUGUGCGGUAGCGGCAGUGGAGACAGCGACAGAAACCCCACUGGUUCAUGCCCGGGUGACAUCCACUCAGAGCAAACACAGACUUUCCUGCUGGAGCAGCUCCCAGAAAUGUCUCGAAUCCUGGAGGAAGUCCAAUACAUCGCCAGGCGCUUCCGAGAGCAGGAUGAGGAUGAGGCCAUCUGUAGCGAGUGGAAGUUUGCAGCGGCGGUGGUGGAUCGCUUAUGCCUGGUGGCCUUCUCGCUGUUCUCCAUCAUCUGCACCUUCACCAUCCUAAUGUCAGCUCCCAAUUUCAUUGAGGCGGUGUCCAAGGACUUCACAUGAAGUGGAUCUUUACGCGAUAAGAGCAAACAGUGGAAAAGUUCAUGUUAAACAUUCAGAAACUGCUCGCCUCCAUGCUUCUAACUGCUGAUGACCAACAAGAUCUUGUAGCACACAUACACUUCAAUUCAGACACUUCCUCCAGUUCCAUUUGUUUACUUGCUGUAAUGUGAAAAUUUAAAAUAGCAGAAUCUUGCUUUUUCUCAAUUUAUUUAACUCCACUAAUACAUAUUUUUACUGCCGCCAUGCACACUACACCUCUUUGCUGUGAAGCAUUGGAUGCUCUGGUCAUGUUUUGUUUUAUUGUAUCAUAUAUCCUGAAGAAAUCCAGAUCUUAACUUUUUCUACAUGUAAACAUUUAAUGGUUUAGAUUGAUAUUAUCUUUUUGUUGUUGUGUAGAAUACAUUUUGUGAAAAUUUCUCAGAGGUAAUGAAAUUAUUAUGAUU